AUGUCUGAAUAAUAACACAAAUCAACGUCAUAGUUUGCGUUACUCAUUUCAAAUGCAGUUUUAGGGGCAUUUUUCUUUGGAUAUUCUGUGUCCUACAUGAAUCCAGCUAUUAAGACGGCAGAUACUCAAUUUGGCAUUACAAAUGAUAAAGAUCUCAUAAAUGGAUUGAUAAAUGCAUUUCCUGCUUUGGGAGCAGCAGCGGGAGCUAUAACAUCUGGCAAAAUAUAACAUUAAUUUGGUUUGAGAACAUCGUUUUUAUUUGCUGAUUUGAUUGGUGUUGCUGGAUUUCUUUUUUAAUUGCCCCUGAAUCUCGCAACUUUACUGAUUGGAAGAUUAGUGAUAGGAUAUGCAGUUGGUAUGAAUUCGUCUUUGGUGCCUCAAUACAUAAAGGAAUUUUCUCCUGAAUCUUUGUCAGGACCAUUUGGAGCUAUGUUUCAGAUGACAAUCAAUAUUGGUUGUUUGGUUGCUUUAAUAAUGGGAAUGUUCUUUAAUGCAGAUGGAGAGAGUCUUGAUUAUUUCAGAUUUGUCGUUGUAUUCCCAAUGAUCAUUUGUGCAUUAAGGAUUUUCUUUUUGGCAUUUGCUUUUUAGGACAAUCCCCCAUCCUAUUAUAUUUAUAGAAACUAGUACAAAGCGGCCAAAGCAGUAAUCAGAAAUUACUAUAAACGAAGAUUCGCUGACUAAAUUUUCGAUGAAUUGAAAUAAUAAAUUGAGGCAAAACAAUCUGAAGCAUAGGAUAGCAAAACCCAAGACUCAGCUUCAUAUAAAAGUCGCUUGAUUGUAGGUUGCACUCUUUAGAUUAUUCAAUAAUUUAGUGGAAUUAAUGCAGUGCUUAUUUAUUCUUCUGGUUUAUUCAUUAAUAUAACUGGAGGCAACAAUGAAUUAAAAAAUUGGCUCAACAUAGCAGUUGGUCUUGUUAAUUUGGUAUUUAGUAUGAUUGCUAUCCCGCUUUUAAACAACUUUGGAAGAAGACCACUUUUGUUGUUGGGAACUUCUGCUUGUACAUUGUUUUUAGGAUUUAUCAGUUUAUUUUCUUUCUUUUUGCCGAGUGAAGACGAUUACGAAGUCACCACAUCAGCGAUCAUGGUGAUUAUAUUUAUGUUCUUAUAUUUGGCUGCAUUUUAAUUAUCCUUAGGACCAGUCGUGUGGAUUUACGAUGCUGAUGUAUUAGAUGAGAAGGGAAUGUCGAUUGCUGUUCUGUGCAAUUGGUUGGGCUGUGCCAUAGUUGCAUAAUUCUUUGGAUUUAUCAAUAAUCAUGGAGGAAUGCAAACCAGUUUUGGAUUAUUCUUUGUUUUCUGUUUGUUGGGGACUAUCUAUAUCUAUUUCUAGGUAAAAGAGACGAAGGGCAAGAAUCCUAAAGAUAUUGAUUAAAUGUUCAUGUUGGGAAAGGUGGAUUUGGAUGAUUGA